AUCCAACCCUAGUCGGUAGCCGUUUGAUUCUUUCACGCCAGCCCAUUAACAAGUCCUAGACAUUUUUUACGGCUGAAAGAUCUGUGAUAUUUAUUAAAUAAAAGGAGGGAAAAUGGUGCCCGAACCCAAUAUUCAACUAAUUCAAAUUUUGGAGAAAACCGUAUCGUCAGAAAAGAAUGAAUUGGAAGCAGCCCAAAGUUAUCUUGAACAAGCUGCUAGGGGGAAUCUGGUGGAAUUUAUCAGAGCCUUAUCUGAUAUUCUUGCCCAUGGAGCCAAUAGCCCUGUUGCCCGGAUGGCAGCUGGUCUGCAGUUGAAAAAUUGCCUGACUUCUAAAGAUACAGAUGUUAAGCUAGAGUACCAACAAAGAUGGUUGUCGUUCCCACCCGACCUAAGGGCCUAUGUCAAAAAGAACAUUUUAGCUGCCUUGGGAACAGAGACUAUUCGACCCAGUUCUGCUGCCCAGUGUGUUGCGUAUAUGGCAGUUGCUGAACUGCCAGUCAGUCAAUGGCCAGAACUUAUUUCAGUACUUGUUGCCAAUGUCACUGCAGCCAACAGCACUGAAAUGGUUCGUGAAGCCACACUUGAAACUAUUGGAUACAUUUGCCAGGAUAUUGAUGCUGAGGUGUUAGCAACUCAGUCGAACGAGAUCCUUACCGCCAUCGUUCAUGGUAUGAAGCGCGAAGAACCAAGUAACCACGUCAGAUUGGCCGCCACAACUGCAUUGUUGAAUUCUUUGGAGUUCACCAAAGCCAACUUUGAUAAAGAAAGUGAACGCCACUUCAUUAUGCAAGUUGUAUGUGAAGCAACGCAGUCACCUGACACCAAAGUGCGUGUUGCAGCUCUUCAAUGCCUGGUCAAAAUUAUGUCUCUCUAUUAUCAAUACAUGGAGCACUAUAUGGGACCUGCGCUUUUCGCCAUUACCCUGGAAGCGAUGAGAUCGGAAAUCGAUGAAAUCGCCCUUCAAGGUAUUGAAUUCUGGUCGAACGUUUGCGAUGAGGAAGUGGAUUUGGCCAUCGAGGCUAGCGAGGCUGCUGAAAUGGGGCGUCCUCCCGAGCAUACUUCGAAAUUUUACGCCAAGGGCGCGCUUCAGUACUUAGUUCCCGUAUUGAUGCAAACCCUGACCAAACAAGAAGAGUAUGAUGACGAGGACGAUUGGAAUCCUUGUAAGGCAGCUGGCGUAUGCCUCAUGUUGUUAGCUAACUGCUGUGAAGAUGUUAUUGUUCCUCACGUGCUUCCGUUCGUCAAGGAAAAUAUUGAGAAUCCUGAUUGGCGUUUCCGCGAUGCUGCUGUCAUGGCUUUUGGCUCCAUUCUCGAAGGGCCUGAUGCCACACAGUUAAAGCCAAUUGUAGAACAAGCCAUGCCUUUCCUGUUUAAAUUGAUGCAUGAUACCAGCGUUAAUGUUCGCGAUACUGCAGCAUGGACGAUAGGACGUGUUUGUGAAAUCAUUCCCGAUGCCGCUGUAGCCCCUCCGAAUUUGCAGCCAUUGCUUCAAGCGUUAGUCACUGGACUGACUGCAGAACCUCGUGUUGCCUCUAAUGUCUGCUGGGCGUUCUCAAGCCUUGCUGAAGCUGCCUAUGAAACUGCAUCACAGGCUACUGACGGAAAUGAACCGGACUCCUACUGCCUAUCUGAAUAUUUUGAGCCAAUUGUUCAGAAAUUGUUGGAAACUACCGAUAGACCAGACGCUGCCCAAGCUAAUCUUCGUGCCGCUGCCUAUGAAGCUUUAAUGGAAAUGGUCAAAAACUCUCCCAAGGACUGCUAUCUCACCGUUCAAAAGACUACAAUGGUGAUCUUGGAGCGAUUGCAACAGGUCCUUAACAUGGAAUCCCAUGUGUCAUCGCACUCGGAUCGAGUCCAGUACAACGAUCUGCAGUCCCUACUUUGCGCCACGCUUCAAAGCGUACUUCGUAAAGUCACCCCAGAAGAUGCGCCCAAGAUUUCCGACCCGAUCAUGGCGGCCCUGCUGCAGAUGUUCAAUUCGAGCGCUGGGCCAAACCGAGCUGGUGGUGUUCAGGAGGACGCGUUGAUGGCAGUGGCUACUUUGACUGAAGUUCUUGGCGAAGGCUUCAUCAAGUACAUGGAAGCUUUCCGCCCCUAUCUCAUCAUGGGAUUGAGGAACCACGCUGAAACCACCAUAUGUCAGGCGUCGGUUGGUUUGGUUGGUGAUAUUUGCCGAGCCCUUGGUGUCAAGAUUCUUCCCUUCUGCGAUUCGAUUAUGUCGCUUCUCUUGGAAACGCUUGGCAACAAUGAUGUCGAUCGGAAAGUGAAACCACAAAUUCUGGCUGUAUUUGGAGAUAUGGCUUUGGCCAUCGGCCCAGAAUUCAAGAAAUACCUUGAACUGGUUCUUGGCAUGCUUCACCAGGCAUCUCAGGCCCAAGUCAACCGGAACGAUUUCGACAUCAUGGAUUACUUGAACGAGUUGAGAGAAUGCUGUUUGGAAGCAUACACUGGAAUUGUUCAAGGUCUCAAAGGAGAAGACAAGGAAACGAUUGGCACCGAUGUUCAACUUCUACUUCCGCAUGUUCCACACAUGAUCAAUUUCAUCACGACGAUCGCGAGAGACAGGGAGAAGUCGGACGGAACGAUUUCCGCUGCCGCUGGCCUUAUCGGCGAUCUUUGUUCGGCAUUUGGUCACCAGUUAUUGCCAUUUGUUGAUACUGAACCCAUCACCGAGAUGUUGACAAUUGGCCGACGAUCAAAGACAGGAAAAACUAAAACGCUGUCGAACUGGGCCACGAAGGAAAUCCGUCGCCUGAAGAGCUCAGUCACUGCUAGUUGAUUGGCCAAAUGAAUGGUACGCAUGCGCGUGAAGCAAAAGAGAAAAUACGUGAACAUUUUGAUGAUGAAGCGUGAGUGGUGGAUGAAAGUGAAUCGGACUAUGCCUACUAGUAUCUCUUUUCAAAACUUGAAAACUUAUUCCUCACUUCAGUACACCUACACGCAGUCUUCCAUCCUCUAUCUCUUCUGUCUUUCCUUAUUUUUUUUUACGGAAACCAUCGCACCAAUUCCUCUUCCUCGCCAGCACUAGUUCGCCCUUCCGUUUCAGUCUCUUUUCCUCCCUUUUUCCGUUUAUUUUGGUUGAACGCUGUACGAAUGUCCGAACGGAUGUCUGCGAGCGUGUGAGUGUAUGUAUGUGUACAAGUAACAUAUCCAUCAUGUAUGUCUGUAUGUGUGCGAAUGGGAAGUCGGUCAAUUGAUCUGUAUGGAAAGAUGUGAGAAAAUGAGACGUGAAACUUGUAUGAUUGAAGUGUCGGGGAGGGAAUUCGAGUAAAUGAGUGAGCGAAAGAGAAUUUGCACGCAAGGGCGACCUUAGUGUCAAACCAGUUCUAUCAAUUUCUCUCUUCCCCCUUUCUAUCUAAUUAAGGUUUUCCACUUAAUCCAAGAAAAAAAGGGAAGGGCUUGCACAUUUAGCUAAACCAACGACUGAUAACGCGGGAAAAACGACUUUAUACUGACGUGAGUGUGUGCGUGAAUGUAUGUUUCGGGUUUGUUUCAUGUAGUAAGAAUCUUAGAUGUCCUUGCCAGCCUUUGAAAAAGAUAUUCACCAUCGUAAGGGAUAGUGCGUGUUGAUUCCAUUCCAAUUUAUAUUACCGACCGAUAUCUAUAAUUUGGCCAGCUUAUGAGACAUGGUAAUAAGCGAAUAGUGAUCUUUUUUUAUUUUAACAUUUCCCCAACAAUUUAGAAUCUAAUCAUUAAUUUCAAACGCUCUUAAUUUGGUCGAGUCAUACCUGUUGUAAAUGAGAAUACCAAGUACCUUUAAAAGUAAAAGCUCAUCUAAGAGAGGGCGAAUUGUUUAGAAAUAGUGAACUAGAACUUGGUAAUUAGAUUGGAAUAGAAGAAAAAAAAAAGUUUUUGCGAAUUGUAAUUUCGGUGAAUGAAGAAAUGAUGGGGAAUUUUGUAACGAAACAAUGUGUGAAUGGAACUCUCCGGUGUAACUGAAACUGUGUAAAUGUGACCGACUUAAUACUUCUUAACGUGACUAAUAAAUGUGCGCAGUGCGGGCCCUUGAAAAAAAAACAAAACAUUACUCGCCUUCAUUACAGUAUUUAGCACGAACGAUUACAAAGUACUAAUCUAGUGACUGAGAAUCAAAGAGAUCGGACAUUCCUUCCUGUCUUAAAAUUUUUAUUAUUUCAUCACGUUUCGAUUUUAAAUCGAAAUCUUUCGAUGCAAGUGGUUUGUAUCUUCCGUUUCAUGUUUUAUUUAAUAUUUUUUUUUUAAUAACUACGCUCAAUUAAUGGGAAACGUACCCCAUACCUUCAGUGGAAAAGCUUGUGUCUACUUGCCAACUUUUCACUCUAAACUACUUACUGGUUCUUGCAGCAGUAAACGGUGUGAUUGCAUCUUUGUCUUUAAUUAAUACAAAUAUUCGUCGUGAUUUUUUAA